AACAUAAGUACUCACUUCCCACGUGGACCGUGCCACGUGACAUAAACGUAUAUGAAGCCUGCACUGGUAAGGAAGCUCUUCUCACACGCACUGUUUCGAAACUGAUACUGACGCAAACGUAAGCAUUCAGUAGUGAGUUUCCGACGACAAUGGCGAAAACCCUGAAACCCUAAUCCUAAAACCCCUUCUAACAAAUUCUACCGUCCUCUUCACGAGCCAUGGACUUCGAUCACCAAUUAACGGAGCUUUCCGCUUCUUCGCCAUGCAUUCCCUCUGGCGAGGACUUCCAUUUCUACUACAAAUUCACGGAGUUCCGACGCCCGAUAGAAGAAAUCGCGCGGAGGACACAGUCGAUGCUCAACAGAAUUGGUUCCGCGGAGAAUAUUUGGGGCAGAGGCUCGGUAUUUCCCGCUGACGUGGACGACGCGUACGAGUGGCUUGUGACUGCGAACGACGACGUUUUCGAGCUGGUUGAUGAGUUGGUGGACGAGUUGCGGAGGAUUAUGAAGGAGGAGGGAGUGGAUUUUGAGAACGACUUGGAGGAGAAGACGAAAGUGCCGUUCCAUAUACCGACGAUCAAGAAGCCUCAGUAUGCGUAUAAUAUUGUUGUUGAUAACGCAAACCAGCCUUUUGAGCAUGUUUUGUUGGAGAAGAGUGAAGAUGGUCAGCGGUUUAUUCAUCCACUGGAGAAAUUCUCUGUGUUGGAUUUUGUUGAUAAAGAAAAUAUUGAGGAUCUUGUGCCAAUAAAGCCUCUGUCAAUAGAAUGCACCCCUUUCAAGCUUGUAGAGGAAGUCAAAGGAUUGAAGGAGUUGGCUGCUACGCUGUCUGCAGUUAAUGAAUUUGCGGUGGAUUUGGAACAUAAUCAUUAUCGGUCUUUCCAAGGUUUGACUUGCUUAAUGCAAAUCUCAACCAGGACUGAAGAUUUUGUUAUAGACACUUUGAAGGUUCGUAAUAACGUUGGGCCAUACCUGAGGGAAGUCUUCAAGGACCCUACCAAGAAGAAGGUCCUGCAUGGAGCAGAUCGUGAUAUUUUGUGGCUGCAACGGGAUUUUGGCAUUUAUGUCUGUAACAUGUUUGAUACUGGCCAGGCUUCUAGAGUGUUAAAGUUGGAGAGAUACAGUUUGCAACAUCUUUUGCAACACUUCUGUGGGGUUACUGCAAACAAGGAAUACCAGAAUGCAGAUUGGAGAUUACGCCCUCUUCCUGAUGUGAUGCUGAGAUAUGGCAGAGAGGAUACACACUAUCUGCUCUAUAUAUAUGAUUUAAUGAGGAUCAAAUUGUUUACAUUGUCUAAGGAGUCUGAAGGUUGUGAUAAUCCUCUACUGGAGGUUUACAAGCGCAGUUAUGAUAUCUGCAUGCAGUUAUAUGAGAAGGACCUGCUUACAGAAAACUCGUACCUUCAUUUAUAUGGGUUGCGAGGGGCUGGUUUUAAUGCUCAACAGCUUGCUGUUGUUUCAGGGCUCUGGGAAUGGCGUGAUGGUCUUGCACGUGCAGAUGAUGAGGGGCCUGGUUAUGUAUUGCCAAAUAGAAUUAUUCUUGAAAUUGCUAAGCAGAUGCCUGUCAUUAUAAGCAAUUUACGGAGAAUAGUAGGAAGGUCAAAGCUCCCAUAUGUUGAGCGCAGCCUUGAUGUUAUUGUUAACAUUGUCAGACAUUCUAUGCAAAACGCUGUUGCCUUUGAAGAGGCUGCACUACGUUUGAAGGAAGAACGUGCAGCAAGUUUGUCAAAUGUGGUACCCGUUAAGGAUGUAACUGUACCUCAGACACCAAACUUAAAGGUUGGAUGCGCAGCAACGGAAAGCAUUGGAGUUGAAAAUGACACCUGUAUUGAUAUCUCGGAGAAUUGUAUGUUUUCUUCUGUCCUGGAGGAGGAAUGUUUUCAGCAUGAAGAUAAAGAUGGACAAGGAAAAGUUAUAUCGAAUUGUCUCACUUCAGAUUUUCUAAGUGCCAGUCCCACUAUUCCAGAGAAGCCUCAAGAUGCUGCAAACGUUAUUGCACUCUCUACAGCUAAGGGCAAUGGAGAGGUGCUAAAACUGCCUACUGGAGCUAUUGAUGCGCCACUUCUGGGCUAUUCAAUGUCAGAAUGGAAGGCCGGUCCUAAUAAAAAGGUCAAGCUAGAACAGAUUAAACCGUCGGACAAUCUUCCAUCCCUUUUUGCUUUGGACAAUAGUAAGAAGUCAAAACUAGUUGUAGCAUCUGAAAAAUCAGACCCACAGAAGAAACCUGUUUCAGGUUCAGUUUCUUCCUCCUCCCCCGUUGGGGUUGUAACGGUAAUGUCUGAUUCAGACUCGGAGGAUACACUGCAGCUAAAGAACUCCAACAACCACCCAGGAAAAAAUUCUCUUGUGCCCAGGAAAAGAAGAUAAAAGAUGAGUCAAGGUCUCAGUCUGAAUUGUUAUGACAUUGUUUUCAGAAACAACUUAACUAGAGAGGAGCUGGAGACAACGGAAGAAGAAUCCAGUGGCUUUUUGGCAGCUUUCUUUUGAUGUUGGAGUGGCAAGGAGACAAGUUUUUGUUUGAAAAGACAAAGAAAAUGCAUUUUGCCAGAGCCAACGUCACUCAGUAGCAAAUUCAAAACUUCAACCCUAAAGCAUGGGGAAGAAGCAGUGAUUUUUUGACAAAGUAAUUGCUGCAGGUAGAUGUUGGGUCUUUUCAGCUUCUGGGAUGGAAGGGCAGCAUUUGGUUGCAUCCUUAUCUUCCAUUUACAGAGAAAAACUAAUGUUGCCAUCAUCAGUAUCUUUGAAUAGUAAUUGAAAAAUAUGAAAAACAGAUUAUUUCGUUUUGCA